CGGGCCUCUUUGGUUCGCUCUUCUGUCCCCCCUUCCGGGCCACAGUCGUAAGGGCAAACCCGCUCUCUCUCCCCCCAAAUCGAUGGAGUCUGACGGCGAGGAGGAGGCGGCGGCGACGCCGGCGGCGGGGCGGCUGAAGGGCUGCCCAGAGCUGUCGGUGGAGGGGGACAUGCGGGAGAUGGCCAAGACGGCGGCCUGGAGCGUCAGCUCCUGCAAGCCCGGCAACGGCGUCGCCUCCCUCCGCGACGACAGCCUCGACACCUACUGGCAGUCGGACGGCGCGCAGCCGCACCUGGUCAACAUCCAGUUCCAGAAGAAGGUGCAGCUGCAGCUUGUUGUGCUCUACGUGGAUUUCAAGCUGGACGAGAGCUACACGCCCAGCAAGAUCUCCAUCCGGGCCGGCGACGGCUUCCACAAUCUCAAGGAAAUUAAAACGGUGGACCUUUUGAAGCCAGUAGGAUGGGUUCAUAUACCAUUAUCUGGCACUGAUCCCGGAGAAACAUUCAUUCAUACAUUUAUGCUCCAAAUCGCGGUGUUGGCCAAUCACCUGAACGGGAGGGACACCCAUGUCCGGCAGAUCAAGAUAUAUGGGCCACGACCGAACCCCGUUCCCCACCAGCCUUUCCACUUCACUUCCAGGGAAUGCAUCAUGUACUCCACCAUCAGGUGAUGGUUCGUGAACCCUGGUCGCGUGGGAUCCUCCAUAUCAGAGACCUUUAUCGUGUGGCCUGUGCGCUUCAGUCCUCCAUGACAAACGAGUCACUGAAGUAUCCAGCAUAUGUUAUCAUGUACUACUGUAGAUUAAGUUGCUGCUGAAGCAUUAGGCUGUCUCUCUGAACAUCUAACACGUACUAAUUCAUGUUGUAUUCCAUUCCAUCCAUGUAUUCUUGGUAGUACAUCUUUUUCCUCCAUUUAAUGUAACAUUUCACUAUUUCUGGAAUGGAUUGGAAGUUUCUCCUGGUUA